UGAUCUAAGAGAGAAAAAUUGUUCGGGUAAAAAUGUUGGGACAUAAAUGAUGAAUGGGUCAGGACAACAGCAGAGGGAAGAGGUGGGGCCGUGCAAAUAGCGUGACAGGUUAAGUUCUAAGUAAGCCUGCAGAUUGCUACUCAAACUGCAGUUUGUGCCCCUCUGUGGAAAGGGGCUUCACCCGACUGGUUGGCAACUCAAGCAACAAAAUCUAUUUUUAAGAAAGAUUAGAAGUGGAUUGAUCUCAGACUGAAGUCUGACUGGAAGCAGAUUAGUUGAAACCAAAGAAAAGGACCAUUUGUUUUGUGAGAAUUUAACUGAAAUGAUCCAGUUUGUGUAAGAGCUUAAAAAGCAGAGAUACAAGUACAUAGCCUUUUAGUUUGGCUGAAACUAUAAAUACAUGGACGGACAGCUCAGGAAGAUAAGUAGAUGAUUUGCAGGAGAAGGAUGAACUGAAAACUAUAAGUGAAGAAUUACACCCAGCACCAAAUAAUCUUCACAAAUGUACUGCAGUUAUUAUUUCUCCAGCCUUGUGUGGCUCUUUCUUCUAUGUCAAGGAAAGUUUAUUUUGUGUCAAAAAGUUCACAGCGCUGACUAUCCAGUUGCAUCCUACCUCCCUGGAUUUGGAAACCUUACUAAGGGAUACAACAAAUAUCUACGACCAAAUUUUGGUGGAAAACCUGUGACAAUAGCAAUGACCCUUGAUGUUGCAAGUAUUUCCAGCAUUUCAGAAAGUGAUAUGGACUAUACUGCAACGAUAUAUUUGCGACAACGCUGGACCGAUCCCCGUCUGGUUUUUCAGGGAAACCGAAGUUUUACUCUGGACGCCCGGCUGGUGAAAUAUCUGUGGGUACCUGACACAUAUAUUGUGGAGUCAAAAAGGUCUUUCUUACAUGAAGUUACAGUAGAGAAUCGGCUUAUACGGUUGUUCUCCAAUGGGACAGUCUUGUAUGCUUUGCGAAUCACCACCACUGUUGCAUGUAACAUGGAUCUGUCCAAAUAUCCACUGGAUACACAGACUUGUAAACUGCAGAUGGAAAGCUGGGGAUAUGAUGAAAAUGAUGUCCGUUUCGUGUGGUUGAGGGGAAAUGAUUCUGUCCAUGGCCUUGAGAACUUGCGGCUCUCGCAGUACACAGUGGAACAUUUUUACACGCUUGUAACCAUGUCGCGUCAAGAAACAGGCAUUUAUCCAAGACUGGUCCUGCAAUUUGAGCUCAAGAGAAAUAUCCUUUAUUUUAUUCUGGAGACUUAUGUGCCAAGCAGUCUGCUUGUCAUUUUGUCUUGGGUUUCUUUCUGGAUCACUCUGGAUUCAGUCCCUGCAAGAACAUGUAUUGGUGUAACCACAGUUCUCUCAAUGACAACUUUGAUGAUGGGGUCCCGAAAGUCAAUGACAAAUGCCAAUGGUUUCAUAAAAGCCAUUGACAUUUACCUGGGCAUCUGCUUCAGCUUUAUAUUUGGGGCGUUGGUGGAAUAUGCAGUAGCACAUUACAUCACAUCACAGAAACAAGCUGCUAACGAGACCCAGAAGACUUCUACAAAAGAUGCCACCAGAGAAACUGAAAAUAAAACCACCAUCGAUAUAUUCAAUACGUCACUCACUGCCAGUUUCAAUCAAAAAAUAAAUUUUGUCUCUAUUGAUAAUUCCUCUUGCAACAGCUUACCUUUGAGCCCAAAGGAUAAAAUUCAAUACAUCUUGAAGAACAAACUUCAGAGACUCACCAGCUAUUUUACAAUUCAAAAUCCAAGCAAAAUUGAUUGCUAUUCGAAAUGGUUAUUUCCCUUUUUUUUCAUACUAGUCAAUCUGUUCUACUGGGGCUAUUACUUGAUUUUCUAGAAAAGUGCCUUUUCUGUGUAGAAGAGGAACUGAAAAUGGGUCGGCACUAUGGAUUCAGGAUUGUACUUUCAAUUUAUGUAGAUGUUUCUAUGGAUGUAGCAAAUGGUGGCAAUUUGUUAUGAAAGAGAAAUGAAAGAACCUGUCAACAAGAGUCUUGGGUAGAUGGCUUGUCUGUUUUGAUUCUCUCCCCCCACCCCCAUGCUAAAAUGUGUCUGCACUACCAUAUUUUGGAUAUGGUCCAAAGUAUGAUGUCCCUGCCCUUAAGCAGAGAAGAGCAAGAGCCGCAGACUGUGGGCCAGGAAUAAUACAGCUUUUUAAAUAUUCCUUUUCACAUGUAUGUUAAGUACCAAUGAAGAUUUGUUUCUGAUUAAAAGUCAUAGGAUUGUUCUUGGAACAAUGUCCAAAUUAGCUAGUACAUCUUUCUUGUAUCUUACAGUUUACAGAUAUAGGAAGUCUAGUUUAAACCAGAUAGGGUGUGGGAUAGGGCGAAUUAACUGAUGAUCUACAAUUGCAAUCCCAAUUGGUUCCUCAUGUUUGCUGUUUAUAUCAUGAGGAGAGAAAUCAGGGUUGGCACAAAUGAGAAUUCUUUUCCAGUGAAAAUAACAGAUAUUGGGGACCCAAUGAAGCCUGGAUUGCAACAGGAACAAGAGUUAAGCCCCAUUAUUUAAUACAAGAUUCUUCACUUAUAUCAGCCCAUUGCAGAUCCUAUUUGCUUUCUGAAAAGCCAAUAAGACAUAAUGCCAAUUGUGACUUGUCCAAGGAGAAGAAAUUCCAAUAUGUGUGUCAGAAUAUUUCUUCUAAAAUCAACUGAUAUUUUUUCAGUAAAGACAUAAUAACAACAAAUUUUCUGGUGUUAUGCCAUAAAUAGGAUCCAAAACUUUGAAAUCUCUUGUAUAUUUAAUACAGGCUCACAUUGGAUAAAUUUCUAGGCCAUUUACUGUGUUGAUUAACCAUUAAAUUGACGACUGAUGUCUAAUUCAAGAAAUGUACUAUAUAUUGUGCAAUGAAUAAAAUAAAUUCCCAUAUAUAAUAAUGGAUGGGGUUACUUGAUUUCAAAAAUUCUCUGGCCCACCAAAGAUUCUUCAGUUACUUAACUAUAUUCAUUCUACAACAUGUUUAAUAUUUAUAUACAGAAUUUUAAGUAAUGAAGCAGGUAGCUUAGUAUGUUUUUUGAAUUUCUGUCAACCCAACAUUGGUUUCUACCAAAAUAGAACAACUGGGCCCUGUAGGGGAUUUUUUUUUUUAAAAAGAAUUUUAUUGAAGCUUUUAGCAAACAUAGUAAAAUCUAAUACAAACUAAAUAGAAGGGGAAAAAAAGUAAACGAGAGAUACAGGAAAGAAAAAAAGAAAAAGAAAAAAGAAAAAAUCAACACACAAUAAUAAAAAAAUGGCUUCCAAACUUCAUUACACUGAGGAUAAGCUAAUAUAACUUUAUACCCUCUUUUAAAAUUACAAAUAAAAAAUCCACUUCUUCCAAUAGCCUAACUUUUGCCUUUUUUUCUUUUUGCCAAUUGUAUAUUAUUUUAAGCUCUGUUUAAAAUUCAUUAAAUCCAAAGAAAAUAAACUCACCAGUAGUCAAAUUAAGCUCACUGUUUUGAAGGUCUUUAAUAUCCAUAAAGUAGUAAGAUUUAAGGUUUCCAAAUGUGAUUAGAAAUAAGCUGGCUGAUUAUUAACUUCUUGAAAUGACUGAAUAUAUUUUCCAAUUUGGGCUGGUGGAAAAUUUCUAGGUUGCAUAUCAGUUUAUCUAACAGGUAUGUAUUCUGUGAUUAGUUCAAACUUUUUUUGACUAUUCUUCCUACCAAGAAAGUUAAACAUAGGGAACAUUAUGGAUUUUUUCUGUAAUAACAUUUAAUUGAACCCUUUCCCUACAAUUCACUGUGAAGGUCAAAAGUGCCUAUUUGAAAAUCAUCCACUACAUAAAGUGCAAUAUUCAGGAAAACCACCCCAAAAUAGACUUGUUAAGUAAGAUGAAUAAACACAUGUUCUAGUAAUGACAGGUGACUUUGUACAUACCCUGUCAUUUAAAAUAUAUGUUAUAUAAAAUGUAGAGUGGAUUAAAAAAAAGUAAUGAUA